UGCAGCGGGCGCUAAAGACUAACGAGUGCCUAAAAAGAUGCAUGCGUGUUCAACAUAUUGCGCCGCAGUGGGGUGAUGCGAAGCCCUUAUGUCAUUGGUCGGCACGGACAAGAGACAAUACAUCCAUUCCAGCGAAUUCAAUUUAUCUCUCCACCCAACUGAUUUCCAUCCAUGCUAGAUUUCCGUUCCCCUGUCCACCAGCACAUGCACCACUGCGGGCCGUCGCUUGUACCAGACAAGCGCCUGCGUUGCAUAGGGAAGUCAGCGUGUCGCCAGCCUUGCCGCACCGGGAGCAUACCAGCGUCAUCAAGGUCAACCCUCCAGUCGCUAUUUCCAUUCCAGAGGAGAUCCCUCGUGUCACCGAUGUGAAAAUGGUUGCUACAAGCAAGAGUAGAACGGUUGCGUCGCCAAACGUGCUAGGAGAAGUCGUAGGAGCAGGAUGAAGAAUCAUGUUGGCGUGUAGCUCCGUCCCGUUUCUGGUUUCUGGGUCACGAAGAAGGCAAUGGGUCCCAAAUGCGGAUCUGAGCAAUGCAAAUAUUAUAUAUCCC